AUGGCUGGCUGGAAAAUCGCCCCCGCACUCGCGGCUGGAAAUACCGUAGUUUUGAAGCCAGCAGAGCAAACGCCUCUUUCCGUCCUACUCUUUGCAACCCUUAUCCAGGAAGCUGGAUUUCCGCCCGGAGUCAUCAACGUCGUCAAUGGUUAUGGCCGCGCCGCAGGUGCCGCAUUAGCUGCGCACGAGGAUGUGGCUAAGAUCGCCUUCACUGGAUCAACUCAGACUGGCCGCGAGAUUAUGAAGCUCGCAUCCGCUACCCUCAAAAACAUCACUCUCGAAACAGGAGGCAAAUCGCCAGCCAUCAUCUUUGAUGAUGCAGAGCUUGAGCAAGCCGUCAAGUGGUGUCACUAUGGCGUGAUGGCGAACCAAGGUCAGAUCUGUACGGCUACCAGCCGGAUCUUGGUGCAUGAAAGCAUCCACGAUAAGUUUGUGGAUCUUUUCAUUCAAGAGGUUCAGAAGACGUCGAAGGUCGGCGAUCCUUUCAGCCCUGAGACCUUCCAGGGACCCCAAGUCAACAAGGCUCAAUUUGACCGAGUCUUGGCAUACAUCGCCUCCGGAAAGGAAGAAGGUGCUGAGUGCAAGUUCGAAGGUCAACCUUACUCCUCGGCGACUGGAAAGGGGUACUUCGUUGAGCCGACCGUCUUCACCGGCGUGAAGGACCACAUGAAGAUUUACCGAGAAGAGAUUUUUGGCCCUUGUGUUGCAAUUAGCUCCUUCUCCACCGAAGUUGAGGCUAUUGACCGUGCCAAUGAUUCUUUCUAUGGGCUGGGUGCAGCGCUGUUCACCAGGGAUAUCACUCGAGCUCAUGCCCUGGCGAAGAAGAUCGAGUCUGGAACGGUCUGGAUCAACAGUAGCAAUGAUUCUGAUUAUCGCAUUCCUUUCGGUGGAGUGAAGCAAUCAGGUAUUGGUAGGGAGCUAGGCGAAGCUGGCAUUGCCGCUUACACCAACAUCAAGGCGGUUCAUGUUAACAUGGGAAACCGGUUGUGA